AUUAUAAUCAAACCACUUGUCAAAUAACAAUCAUAAUACAUUCCCUCAUUGCAAAUCAAUUAAUCUCGGUAGAACUGACUGAGAAAUAUUUUUUUAUGAGAAUUCGUAAAGAAUAUAAUUAUUCUUGUUGACGACUUGUUUUUCAACUCUUUGGGUGGCUGAUCAGUAAUCUCGGUCUGUGGCAAGGGUCACGGUUUCCGGUGCAUCAGCACAAUAUAAGCAUUGAGGAACAUUUAUUUUUUUCUUAUAAUAAUCCGGCCAGCCUUCUGCUGAGAAUUUUUUCAUUGUCAAUUUUUUAAAAUAAUUGUUGGCCUCCUUCAUUUUCAUAAUCCUAUUUUUUUCAAAGUUACGCAAUAGAAUACAUUGGCCGGUGAUAACAUUGGUAGCCACCCGACGGUUAGGACUGUUGAACAACAUUGAGCUGAUCGAGGACAUUCCAAUAAGGUUAAGUUUGACAGAACGAUGGCUACACGUUGGGGUAUUGUAAGUACUGGGAAAAUAGCCCACGACUUUACAACUGCUCUAGCAACACUACCUAAUACUGAGCACCAAGCUGUAGCUGUGGCUGCCAGAGAUGUUAGUAGAGCUGAAAAAUUUGCACAACUUCAUAAUAUAUCCAAGCAUUAUGGUAAUUACGAAGCACUCGCCAAAGAUACUAAUGUAGAAAUAGUCUACAUUGGAGUGCAGAAUCCUCAGCACUUGGAAGUAGCCAAGUUGAUGUUGGAAAAUGGCAAACACGUUUUGUGUGAGAAACCUCUGACAUUGAAUGUGAAACAAUCAACUGAUUUGAUUAAUUUCGCUAAAAAGAAGGGAUUGUUUUUGAUGGAGGCAAUUUGGAGUCGUUGUUUUCCACUUUACGAGAGAGUGAAAAAGGAGAUUCAGGAGGGAACUAUAGGAGAUGUCAAACAAAUAGUUGCUUCAUUUGGAUUCCGAAUGCCUGAUGUGGAACGUUUAAAUAAAAAAACUCUGGGAGGUGGUACUGUUCUGGAUUUGGGUGUCUACACGAUUCAGUUGGCACAGUUUAUAUUUGACGGGGAGCAUCCUGUUUCUAUAAAGGCAUCAGGCUUUUUGAAUAAUGAUGGUGUUGAUCAAUCGAUGUCUGCAAUAAUGCUGUACAGCAAUAAUCGAACAGCAACACUGAUGACCCAUGCAUUCGUUACUUUGCCUAAUGAAGCUCAUAUUAUUGGUACAAAAGGCAUUAUCAAGAUCCCUCAAUUUUGGUGUCCAGUUAAAGUUGAAUUGCCUUCUGGUACAGUUGAGCAUCCACUUCCCGUAGGUCCGCAUGAGUUUAAUUUUCUCAACAGCGCUGGCCUUAGAUUUGAAGCAAUGGAAGCACGAGUGUGCCUCAAAGCAGGUCUCAAAGAAAGCCCGAAAAUAUCUCACGCCGAAUCACUGCGUAUUGCUGAAAUUGAAGAUGAACUUCGUAGACAACUUGGAGUUGUUUAUCCUCAGGAUUAAAUGCUUCAGAAUAAAUUCUAUCUUUGCGGUGGGAGGAGAGCUACCCGUGCCUUUAUUUGAAAUGAUACAUUGACUCAAUGAAAACAAAAAAAAAUGAGGAUUUUAAAUUUAAUUCCUACAAGGAAAAGAAUAUUCCAUAUGUAUUAUUCGUUAUAUUGUGAAUAAUAAUCAUUUUGCCGCAAA